UUUUUUAUAAAAAACUAGGUUUAUUCGCUAUGUGCACGACUGUCACGCAACCUAGUGUCCGCAAGUCUAGUGGAAAACGUCAAUUCACUACAUCUUAUAAAACUACUCCAAAACUAAAAACUGCUGAAUGAAUUUUCAUACGACUUUCAUCUAUCAAUAGAGUGGUUCUUGAGGAAGGCUUAGGUAUAUAACUUGUUAAGGUUUUGUGUAAAUUGGUUGAAAUAUAAUGAAGUCGGAAAAAAUCACGCUGGCUAGGAGCUUUCAUCGAAAAUGCUGUCUAAUCCGUUUGAGCUAUUACAACACAAUGUAUGGUGGGGUUGUUUCUCAUUCAUAGGUCUACAAAAAAGUCCGCGAUGUUAAAUGUCUAUCUUUUAAGGAUAACUUACUACCUAUACCCAUUCUUAACUUCUAGAAAAAAAACACGUAAUAUGUGGCAUUUGCAAAGCUAUUUACACGGAUACAUUAUUAAUAAUUAUCAAAUUAAAUACGUUACUUAUAUUAAGCAUUUCAUACAGAUUACAAUGGUCCUUUACACCAUACAUUUUAAAUGAAUAUUUCAGGAAAAAUCGUAAAUUAAAGUUUCAUUUCGAGCCAUAUAACUUAUACGAAAUGUUAAAGACACUAUCCGCAGUUGGUUCUAAUUUUUACCACCUUAUGCGCUGGGAUCGCUUUACUUACCGCCACCAUGCACUUCGCACGGUCCCAAUAGGUUUUCCUUUUUUUUUCAACAUUUUCAGUGCAAAAGCGAUCGACAUUAAAAUCAAAGCGAUUUGUUAAGAUUUAAUUAGUGGAAACCGUUUUCUCCCGAAAUGGAAUUUCAUAGAAAAAGUACCGUUAUUUCGUUAGGAUCGCAAAUAUCUUCCCUCUCAAAGUUGGCUUCAUAGAAAAAAUCACAAAAACAUGUCCAAUUUUCAUUUAUUUGCAGUUCUAUAUCGUGUAUACCAUAGCAGUACAGUCAAGGUUUUAUAUAUCGAUACGGACAAAGUGCCAAAAAUAUGUAUACACUGUGUUUUUAUUGAAUUCAGUUAACUCCGGGGUAUGGGUAAGUACGUUUAAGGAAACGAAAUGGUAUAAAUAAUUUUAAAAAAUAUUUUUUUUAUUUACAUAAAAAGUAAUUAAAUGUCGCAUAUAGCGUUGUUACACGGGCAUUACAUUUAAUUCAAACAAGCAAUUGAAAACUGACAUAUCAAUGUGAUUUCGAACAUCAAUCGUCCGAGAUAGUAUUCUCUCAUACUAAACACGAAUCAAUAUGUAAACAGGCCCUGAGGCAAGUGUAUACGCUCGUAAGGGCUUUAUAAGAUAAAAAUGAAUUAUUGAUUAUCUUUAUCUCCGUUACGGAAUUAAUUAGAAUACCGAUGUUUUUGAGACAGUUACUUAAUUUAAGCUCAGGAAUGAGUGCACUCAUGAAACUAACGUAAAUAAAAAAAACACGGUGUAUAUUAAGGUAGUGUGUACAUAUUUUUGUCACUUAGUCCGUAUCGAUAUUUAAUGUAUCUGAAUAUCCGCUCCGAUAAAUCCAAAGCCAACUGUAUAUUCAUAUUUGAUGGUUUCAGGUAUUGCUUGUACUGCGGGCGAAUCAAACACUGUCACACGAAAAGAUUUAUUAAAUACAAACGAAGACGUAUUGCCUGUAGACGGAAAGUGCAAAAGAAGAAAAGGGUACCCACUCGACGGUUACUACAUAAACUGAGGUUCGGAGAAACGGGAGUGGGCACUUUGUCACCUUUAUGCGAGAGAUGCCACUACCCACAACAGAGGAACCCGCAACGCUACAAAGAGGUGACUCCUGAACUAUUAUAUGAAAGCCUCCAAAGGCUGACAGAAUGGCGGGAGGCAGUAUCCUUCAGCGAGAUUUUGGAAUAUAUAAAGGGCAAUUACCCGGUUACUCCGAACAUGUCGGAAUUAAAAUAUGAACUGUAUGAAAAACUGGUCAUAGCGCACAAAGCAGGUAUGGUCUGCGUGGACGAUCGGGGGCUCUUUCGUCUCACCACGAACCUGGAACGGCUGCGCCAGGCUCCCAAACCGGUGCUCACUCUCUUCUGGGAGCUGUACUGCGACACCAUGGACCCUCUAACUUUAACGGUAAGGCCAAUAUCCGGUACACGGAAGACCAUCAUGAGGCAAGAACGACUUGAGAAGAAAGUCAGAUCCCAUAUGGAGUACUCGUACUGCUCUCACAUUUGGGCUGGAUCACCUGCAUGCCAGCUUGAAUUCUUCGUCUCAGUCCAAAGGCGCGCUAUACGAAUCGUCGAGGAUCCCAAACUCACAAGCGGUAUUGAACCUAUAAGUCUAAGGAGAGACUUUGCCUCCUGUAAUUUGUUUAUGUCAACAAAAAACAAAACUUGUUUUUGUUUUAUUUCGUUUGGUUUAUAAGCGAGCUAUAUAAACUUUUUAUUACACGCACCUCGUGUCAUUUUAUAUGCAAUAGUACGUUACUAUAGAGGCCGGGAAACGUAGGAUAGAGAUACGCGGCUGGCAACCCCGUUUCUCGCCGAGAUAUGUAUAGUGCUUUUCUCAAACUUGCAAUUAAAACAAAAAAUUGUAGUCAAUUUGUUUUGUGGCGACCUACUCGGCUCGCCACUCUACCAGCGCCUAUCACCUUACGCGCGUAAGUCCACGCGCCAGCGCGAUGCGCCACCGCCGUUGCUUAGCAACGAAUAUGCACAACAAAUCACCGUACCAAGCUAACUGAAGCUAGUUGAUGGUUGGAUGCCAAGACGUUGUGUCACAAUUUGACGUUAAAAA